AUGAUCCUUUUGAUCAGAGAACGGUUGAAGAUGGCCUUCAGUAGACAAAAGAGCUAUGUAGACCUUAGGCGAAAGGAUGUAGAGUUCGCAGUGGGUGAUUAUGUAUUCUUGAAGGUCUCCCCAAUGAAAGGAGUUAUGAGAUUAGAGUUACCACCAAGCCUUUCUCAUAUCCACCCAGUAUUGCACAUCUCCAUGCUGAGGAAGUAUGUUCCUAACCCUUCACAUGUGCUGCAACCAGAUGUAGUAAAGUUGAAUGAGAACCUGACCUUCGAGGAGCAGCCUGUAGCCAUAGUGGACUAUCAGAUGAGGCAGCUCAGGUCAAAGCAGAUCCCUAUGGUUAAGGUUUUAUAG